AGAGCAAGCAGCUGCAUUCCUUGCUGUACCCAACUGCAUACUGAUCUACCUUUCUGGCAUCUCUAUACACCAGCAGCACACUAAAAGGGAUCAUUAUAUUCUGCAUCUGUUUAUUAUGCUUUAAGGAUUUUCUUAAGGGGGUCAUUCUUUGCUCUCAGUUAUUGGAUCUCCCUAAGGACAAAGAAAGUGUAGGACACAAUGGCAAACAGGAAUUGCAUAUGGCCCCUGUUAAUUCUGUGGGCUACUCCCAGCCUUCUCUCCCGAGCUCCCCAGCCCAGUGAGUAUGACUAUGUAAGUUUUCAACCAGAAAUGGGUCGACAAUACCAAAGUGGACGUUUUUACUCCAGGCCAGCACAGUGCGUGGAAAUACCCCAGGACUUGGCUCUGUGUCAUGGUGUAGGAUACAACAAGAUGGUGUUGCCCAAUCUUUUGGACCAUGAAACUAUGGUAGAGGUUAAGUACCAAGCCAGCAGCUGGGUCCCCCUGCUGAGCAAGAACUGUCACCCAGGCACCCAGGUUUUCCUUUGCUCUUUGUUUGCUCCAGUGUGCCUGGACCGACCCAUAUACCCAUGCCGGUGGUUAUGUGAGUCAGUCAGAGAUGCUUGUGAGCCUGUCAUGCAGUACUUUGGCUUCCCCUGGCCAGAUAUGCUUCGAUGUGAUCAGUACCCAAGGGAGGAUGUCUGUAUUGCUGUUACCUCUCCCAAUGCCACCCAGGCACCACGUCCACGCAGAACAGAGGUGUGCCCACAGUGUGAUAUCGAAAUGAAGGCUGAAUCCAUGUAUGAACAUAUGUGCGCCAGUGAAUUUGUUCUCAAAAUCUCCAUUCGGGAGGUGAAAAAGGAGAGCGGAGACAAAAAGCUUAUUCUCAAAAAGAAGAAAGCUCUGAAGAGAGGUCAUAUUCAGAAGAAAGACUGGAGUGAUCUAGUUCUUUACUUGAAGAAUGGAGCCAAUUGUCCUUGUCAUCAAUUGGACCAGCUCAGUGGUCAGUUUCUGGUGCUGGGACGGAAAGUAAAAAGCCAGCACCUUCUAACAGCAAUACACAAGUGGGAUAAGAAAAACCGAGAGUUCAACAGAUUCAUGCGCAAGGUCAAGAAGAUUAAGUGUCCAAAGCCACACUCAGUCUUCUAAGUCAUUGAGAAUACGGUGGCUUUUUUUUUUUACAAAACAUUCUAUACUUCCAGAGCUGGGACUCUGUAAUGACAAAUGACACACAAUGAAGGAUAUAAGGGAAAUAGUUAUCCCUCUCUACAAGUUCACAGAUGUUGGGGAUUUUAUAUUACAAAAACCUUGAGAAAAUGAACUGUUGAAUGUUGUAAAGCAGGGGUGGGCAAUUAUCGGCCCUCCAGAUGUUAUGGACUACAUCUCCCAUAAUGCUCUUUCAGCCAUAAUGCUGGCAAAGCAUCAUGGGAGAUGUAGUCCAUAACAUCUGGAGGGCCAAUAAUUGCCCACUCCUGUUGUAAAGCAAGGGUGAUAGAGAGAUCAUGUGCCGAUCUGCUUGCUCAUAUGUCACACAAAUAUUAAUUCACUUACUAAUCCAGAAAAACAUCCAAAGUACAUUCAUAUCAUAAUUUAGUGAUAUACCAAUACAACUCUUCAAAAUAUCAACAAUUCACCCAUUAACUCUCUUGUUCGUUCUUUUUUUAAUUAUUUUGUUUGCUUAGACACCAAACUGUAGUUGUAUAUUUAUACAUGCUAUUUUAGUUAUCGCAUCAUAUGUUUGAUGCAAACUUCUACCCAUUACUUUAGUAAUCAAGCAGCAAGGCAAUUAUUGCAGGCUCCGAUUUUUUUUUAUUUUUGAAAAGCAGCAGCUAUGCACCUGCUACAUAAUUCCAUUCAUUCAUCUGGUAAUUCACUAAUUUGCCAAUAUAUUACAGGCAUUCACACAAUAAAUAACAUUUUAAUAGAGAUCAGUAUAUUUUAAUGCAUUAGUAGUAAAUCUGGUACAGUAUUCAUUCAUUUAUUUUAUAAUUGAGCUACCUACAAUUCAACCUUUUCUUUCCAUCUUCUAUGUCCAAUAACCUCUUGAAUGUGCAUAUUUGUUCAUUAACAGAGUGGCUCUAGUAAUCAAUAUGUUUUUUAAUUUAAUUUUAUAAUCCAGCAGAAAUGUUUUAUAUUUUCAUUAUAAUUGAUCCAUUCAUUAAUUCACUCAUUUAUUCAGUAAUAUCGAAGAAAUAUACUUGUUUUAUAAUAGCAUUCAUUUUCUACUCAGUCAACAAAACAUGUACAUACAUACAUACUGCAUUCAUUCAGUAACAAAGCAAUAGUAAAGUUAUACAGAAUUGAACUCAUAAUAAUUCAGAAUCGACACAUCUUGUAUAAGUUGCCAUUCACUUAUCCAUUAUUUGGUUUAUUUGUUUUCUGAUACAGUUAAAAUAGAUCUUAUAAGUUACAUAUUUAUUCAUUUAGUAACAAGCAAAACAUCAAUUGACACAAAUAAUUUAUCAGUCAAUGUAUCAAUUAUUUAAUUUGUUUCAGUUAUCAGACAACAAGACAAAAGGUGUAUACUUUUCUGUUUGCUUUUUUUAAAAAUUAUAAAUAGAUUUCAACAUA